CCUUUAGAGAUUUUGUUAUUUUUACCACUUUUUAUUGAUGGCAACAGUCAUUCAUGAAAAAUUCAUCUGUAAUCUGAAAAGAAAUAGCUAUUUCAGACUUUUAUAAAUGUUCAUACAUGUGAUUUUGUGUAUACCAUUGCCCAGGACAUUUGUCUUUAUUAUAUGAAGAAUAUAUUGUAGGUCAUCGGUCUUGCGCCAUGGCUCCCUGCGUAUUGCGUAGCUGCAUUAGUGUGGCCCAGGCAAUCAGCUGGUCGAAGUCAGUAUUGUUGAAAGGGAUCAUGACUGCUUGCCGGUCACCUCCGAAUUUUCGAAGGUGUCAUUCAUAUGGUGUUCCAAAAUUGAGUCCGCAAGAGGUGUCGUCAAUACUCAGGAUCAAUGAAGCAUCUUAUGAAGUAAAUGUAUCCUCUGUUAGAGCAUUUGAUGCCAAUCAGUUAUCAUCCAAUAUACCUAUAGAAGAUCGUAUUUGUGUAGCGCGUUGUCGCUACACUACUGGAAUGCUUUUUGGAGUUUUUGAUGGACAUGGUGGUCCUGCUGUUGCAGAAAUAAUAAGCCAGAGACUUUUUGAUUAUAUUGCAUUGACAUUACUGCCAGUGUCGAUUCUCAGGGAGCUUGUGGAAUCAAACACAAAUUUCUAUGGGAAGCUAACUGAAACUUUAACAGAAACAAGUUUACCACCCAAACUUCAGCAAAUUCACAAUAAUAGCUUAAAAAAAUAUGCAGUUGAAAUGCUGCGGACUCAGGGUGAAAAUUUUGACUUUCAAAUGCAACAUGCGUUGUCACAAGCAUUUUUGAAACUGGACAAUGAUUUAUCUCAAGAAAUUCAAGAAUAUUCUCACAAGGAUGCAGAAAUGCUUGCCUAUGCUAUUAUGGGUGCAUGUGCUUGUGUUGCUCACAUAGAUGGCUCCCAUCUUCAUCUCGCUACCAGUGGGGAUUGCCGUGCUGUUCUUGGCAUACUUUCAGAUGCCAACAAAUGGAUCUGCAAACCAUUGGGCAAUGAACACAACACGGACAACGUUGAAGAAAUGCGACGAGUAUUAUCAGAGCAUCCAAAAUCUGAAAUGAAUACAGUUAUAAAGAAUGAAAGAUUGUUAGGGCAACUAGCGCCAUUAAGAGCAUUUGGUGAUUUCCCUUACAAAUGGAAAGGGGCUCUCCAGAAAAAGCUUCUUUUGCCUGCUUUUGGUUCAGGCAUUAUCCCUCCAAGCUAUUAUACUCCUCCUUACUUAACAGCACAACCAGAAGUAUUUCAUCAUCAUUUAACUGCCAGGGACAGAUUUCUUAUUUUGGCUUCAGAUGGAUUAUGGGAACAAAUGCUGCCCCAUAAAGUUGUGAAAUUUGUUGGUGAACAUAUGAGUGGAAAACAAACUUUAGAUUUAUUAAAAUUGCCUCGAAAACACAUGAGACUUGAAGAAAUAAAUGAAAUACUUAUGCAGAGGCAUAUUGGUCUAUCAAAGAAACCUAUUGAUGCAAAUGCUUCUACUCACCUCAUAAGGAAUGCAUUGGGUCGAACAGAAUAUGGUGUAGAACAUAGUCGACUGUCUGCAAUGUUAUCUUUGCCAGAUGACAUGGUUAGAAACUUUCGAGAUGAUAUUUCAGUUAUUGUUGUUUAUUUUGAUACAGAUUUCUUGCGUCACAGUCCAGCUGAAUAGCUUGAUAUUCGGGAACAAAUAAAAGUGCAUCAAACUAACUUGUGUGUAUUAAAAUGUUUACAUAGUCAAAAGUAUUUGCCUCCUAGAUGUUGUAUUUAUCUGUUGACAAAUGUAAAUAGAUAUUAUUGAUUGUUAAAUGAGUGUUUAAAUUUUAUUCUCUUCUAAGUAAUGUUAUUUAUUUUCAAGUGAUAUAUUGUUAGGGUUGUAUAAUUUUCAACGUUCAUAAAGUGAGAUUUCAUAUUGGUGAAAAAAUAUAUUAAAUUUGUAAGCAUUCUAUGUUGCAUUUUUUAAAAUCUAAUUUAUUUCUUAGUAAAUUAAAAAGUUUUAAAUUGUGAAACUUCAGAUUCUUAUUUUUAAUCUUUGCAUGAGUUAUUACCUAAUGAAAUAUCCUAAGACAAUUGUUAAGGUAAAAGUGAAACAAGGAACUAAAUCGGUAAUUUUUUCUCAUCCUAUUCUCAUAUGUCUGCAGCAUUUUGUAUUACUAAAUAAAGUAAAAAUUAUUUUUUUAAUUUUUUAGCAUUUUUCCUCAAGGAAAUUCAGGUUUUUACUGAAAGUGUUUUGUUUUAUGUAAAGUGGAACAAUUUGUAAAUUAUAACUAAUUCUCUUCCUUCUUCGUAAUGUACGUGAAUAUAAAACCAUUUCUUUCUUUGAAAUCAUAAUUAUUGGCCAGUUAUUGUAUAUGUCUUCCUAAUUAUAUUUUUCCUGUUUGCAUCAUUUCAUCUUUUGGUCACAUUCACCAUUUAAUUCAGGGAAAAAUAAUAUACCUUAUUUUGCAUGUACAAAUGCCAUGUAUUUUAAAUCUUGUUUCUUGUUGCCAAAUUUUAUCGAUAUGCUGAAAUAACACAUUGAAUUAUUAUGCUAUCUAGUUGGUCAUCUUGUAUAUAAUGGAACAUCUGGUCCUUAUUAGACAUCUUAUAUAUGCCUACCAGAUAUUGCAUAAUAGAUUAAUAUUUCUCAUGUAAUAUUCAUUUCUGUAUGUGUGCUCAUCUGACUAGUCAUUUUUCCUCUUACAGUGACUAGUCGUAAAAUAUUUUUCAUUGAAAUUAGACAAGCCAUCUUAAUUGAAUUUUAAAUUGAUCAAAAAUGUUCAUGAAUAUUCAGUUACCUUUUUUUUUUUUUUUUUUUUUUUUUUUUUUUUAUACUAAGUGUUUUUAAAAUGUUGACAAUCUGACUUUAUUGUAAGAGCAUUGUUGAUGUACUUAAUUUAUAAUUUUUUUAGUACUGAACUGUUAUCGGGACCAGAUUUAGAAAUUUAUGUUAUGUGUGUGUAUAUGUAUGUACUUUGUGUGUGUAUGCACACACAUACAUAUGUACGUACAUAUAUACAUGCAUUUCUGAAUAUGGUCCCGGUAACAGAAUACUAUUUUUUGUGAAUUUGUUCUUUUGAUGUAAUAUUCUGUUUGUUCAUAGAGAUCUGUAGAAUUAGGUUAUUUGUGUUUGUAGUCAAACUAGAGAUGCCUUAGAGCAGUGAGGUCUGAAUGUAUUAAAGUAAGGAAAUUUAUUUACGUUAUGAAUGUUAAGAUAUAAAAACUUUUUAAUGUUAAAGCAGCUUUAUUUAAAAAGGUAAUUAUUUUGAGAGGUGUAUAUGCUUCUUUUGCUGUUGUGUAGUUAAGAAGUGUAGUAAAAAAAAUCAAAUAUAUAAAAUACAGUAUUAACUGAAAAAGAAUGCAUAAAACCUAGUAAUUGUGAUAGUUAAUAGUGCUGAAAAAUAAAAAUAAAAUACUGAUAAUAGAUCCAAUGUAAUUAUUUUCUUGGUACUUGCAAAUUGUCCUGUCGACCGUUGGUGGAAAUUUCGGCAACGGUCACCAAUUGCCAGUCAUUACUGCGAAAUUCUAAAGCACACAGUCAUCCAUAAUUGGCACUAAAUUGUGCUACUUGGCUGUUCGACGGGAUAGAACCUAAGCAACAUUUCACAUAUUUUCCCAUUGACCAUUUUAAACAAAUAAAAAUUGUUACCAAAUAGUGUGAUUUAGAGCCCGUAAUGGAUAAUCAUAAUGCCACAAGACAUUGACUUUGGUUUUAUAUAACCCCAGAUCUCAAUAAGCCAGUUUAGUUAUAUAUAUAUAUAUAUUAAUGGAAAAGAAAAUGUAAAGUGAACUGGUAAUUAGACGAAAGACCUAUCUGGUCUCAAAAAGAUAUAUAUAUAUAUAUAUAUAUAUAUAUUUAUGGGUGUAAUUUAACAGCUAUUUCUUUUUCUCUUGAAUUUUUGUGCAAAUUGGGAAAACUUGGAUGCCAUCUUCUAGAGAACAGCAAACCAAGGAGUUUUUCCUUCAUUAAGCCACAGCACUGGAUAUACUUACUGAUAUGCAUACACAGAACAUUGAAAGAUUGUAAGGUUCUGCAAAGUGAUGCAAUAAAAGAUACUAUGGAGUUAAUCGGAAGACACUGCAUGUAUUUAUAUAAAUACAAUGAAUUUAUGUGGCACUGAGUUCACAAAGGUCACAAUUUUUGUUGCUAUUUUAAAUGCCUUUAGAGAUUAAUGGCUGCUGGAAUGAUUGGCAGUAGUUUUAUUGAAUUCACUUGUCAGAUAAUCUCGAAGUUUAAGCUCGCAUUUAUUCAAGUUUUUUUGUUAUAUUUAUAAUUUGUAUCUGUUAAUUAUCUGAUCAAAUAAACGAUAGUCUGUGAUUAUCUAACUACAUAGCGAUUUGUUUUUUCAAACAUCCAUCAAAAUGGAUGUUGCAGUCUAUGCCAGCUUUUACAGUAAAUGGGAAUAUGUGUAAGUACCAUUUUUGCAAUUAUCAUAAACUUUUUAAUAGGAAUUAUUUGUAAAAUAUUUUAUCAUUAUGCAGUACAUUUUCCUGGUGCUAUUCCCUUAGCAGGACAACUGUUGUUGCCAGAAUGCCAGCUAAAUGUAGCCUGAAAUGAAAUAGUAAUGGAAACCCUAACAAUGCAUAUGAAACUUAAUUUUAUGGUUCUUUGAACAAUAUAUCUCACAUCCUUCUUUUUGAAAUAAUUUAAAAGCAAACUCUUCAAAAUUUAACAGAUUCUGAUUGUAAAAUUCAUCACAGUUUCUAUCUGAAAAAACCAGAGUCAAAUCUUGCUUGAAAAGUCUGUCUGGUUCAAAACAGGAUAAGCCAACUGCUGUCUCUGGCAAGCGUACACAUUUUGGCUGCUGUUCUGUUAACAGAAAAGUACCUGUCUCAUUUCUUCUUAUGAAAACAAUUACAAUAUGUUCUUAUAUGCACUAUAUUGAUUUGAAUAUAAAAAAUGUUAAACCUUCAUUAUAAGAAUUAUACUGAUACGUGCAACAUGAUAUUUUCAAAACUAUGUUAAAAUAAUUUAUCUCGUUUAUGUUAAAUGAAAACAUCUUCACUAAGUUUUACCUCAGAGUAUUAUAUUGACAAUUUAAUAAUCUUCCAUGUAAAUUAUCUUCAACAUGUUCAAUUGUUUGUUAAACAGAGUGUUCAAUUUAAAAGUUAACCCUUUGAAGAAACCAUGUUCAAAUUUAUGUGACUCACCAUACCUCUGGGAUAGGUUGGAAAUUAUAUCCUUCUAAUUCAGUAUAUUUAUCUAUACAUUUCACCAUUCCUAAGAAUAUUAUGAAACUUUUUCUGUACUUUUUCUGUAAAAAAAAAAAAAAAAAAAAAAAAAAAAAAAAACUAGUUUAUUUCUCUCUUGGUAAAGAAUUCCUCCUUUAAAAUUGUGAUCACAACUUAAUAUUUUUGUUUUUCUUUCAAAAGUUUUUCCAGUGAAGUGGGGCAAGUAUA